AGUCGGACACUUGUGUACCUCUUCACUGCAAACGGUUCUUUUUGAGGAGACUUCUAAACUUGGAUCAUAUCACCAUGGGAGCUAUUUGUAUUGCCCGGGACUUCUGUUUGUUUUUGCUCUUGUUAAAUACUCGUCAAAGCGCAGCGCUUCCUCACAAUCGUGAUACGGAUCAGUGUGCUGAUGGAAGUGAUGGCUGUCACAUUGACGCAAUUUGUCAGAAUACCCAAGCUUCAUAUAAGUGCACAUGCAAAGCAGGGUUUAAAGGGGACGGAAAGCAUUGUGAAGACAUUGAUGAAUGCGAUAUUGAACACAAUGGUGGCUGUGUACAUGAAUGUCACAACAUACCAGGGAAUUAUCGAUGCACUUGCCACGAUGGAUUCAAUUUAGCACACGAUGGUCAUAACUGUCUAGAUGUGGACGAAUGUCUGUUCAACAACGGUGGCUGUCAGCAUGUGUGUGUCAACACCAUGGGCAGCUAUGAGUGCCGCUGUAAAGAAGGCUUCUUCCUCAGUGACAACCAGCACACCUGCAUCCAUCGGUCUGUAGAGGGUCUGAGCUGCAUGAAUAAGGAGCAUGGCUGUGCCCACAUCUGCAAAGAGACGCCCAAGGGUGGGGUGGCGUGCGAGUGUCGGCCAGGCUUUGAGCUGGCCAAGAACCAGAGAGGUUGCAUCUUGACCUGUAACCAUGGCAACGGGGGUUGCCAGCACACUUGCGACGACACAGACCAGGGGCCGAUCUGCAGGUGUCACGCCAGGUACGCGCUGCUCCCCGACGGGAGGUCCUGCACAGAAAAGGACGAAGUUACCACUGACCCUGCUGAGCACAAUGCUACGUCCCUAGCAGAAGUGGACAAACGAGUCAAAAGGCGACUGCUUAUGGAGACGUGUGCGGUGAAUAACGGGGGCUGUGACUGCACCUGUAAGGACACGUCCACAGGGGUCAGCUGUAGCUGCCCUGUCGGCUUCACUCUGCAACCUGACGGCAAGACCUGCAAAGACAUCGAUGAGUGUGAGCUCCACAACGGCGGAUGCGACCACUUCUGCAGGAACACCAUCGGCAGCUACGAGUGCAGCUGCCGCAAGGGCUUCAAGCUGCUGACGGACGAGCGGUCCUGCCAGGAUAUCGACGAGUGCUACUUUGAAAGGACCUGUGGCCACACGUGUGUCAACUCACCCGGGAGCUUCCAGUGUAUAUGCCACAAAGGCUACACUCUGUACGGGUUGGCCCAUUGUGGAGACAUAAAUGAGUGCAGCAUGAACAACGGCGGUUGUCAGCACCGCUGUGAGAACACCAUGGGCGGAUUUGAGUGCCACUGCUCCCCCGGCUACAAGCUCCACUGGAACAAAAAGGACUGUAUUGAGGCAGAGGGUCUGCCUGCGCUCCAGCCCGCUGCCAAAGCCACCCUGAACUGCGGCAAGCAGGAGGGGGGUGACCACUGCUUCCUGACCUGUCAGUCCCAGGUCCACAUCAGCAGCGGAGCUGCGGAUUCCUAUACAGUGACCUGUGGAAUGCCUUUGCCCUGCUUCACUGAGGGACAAAAGAACGAGUCAGGGUCGUAUUGCCAAGGUUCAGAUACAUCGCACACCCCGAGGAUCAAAACCACAGUGACCUUCAAGUCGGGAAUGGGGAAGUGUAACCUGAAAAAGAGUCAAGAGAAACUGGAGGAAGGAUUUAAUAACGCUCUCUCAGACAGGAUGCUGUCUAGCACUGAGAAUGUCCAGUUCAGCUUCGUCAGCCUGCACUGCAGCAUGUCCAACCGGCGUUUACGCAGUCGCCAUGGACGCAAGGCGGGCGACGAAGAGGGCUCCUUCAUCACGGCCGAGUUUGAGCUGGAUGUGAGCCUUGAGGAGGUAACAGCAGAGAGCUGUGACCUGGGCUGUGUCCGGCGGCGCUCGGAGAAGAGGCUGCGCAAGACCAUCCGCACCCUGCGCAAGUCCAUCAACCGCGAGCAGUUCCACCUGCACUUCGCCGGCUCCGAGUACGAGAUGGGCAAGAGGGCGGCCGCGGCGGCGGCGGCGGCGGCGGCAGCAGCGGCCGUGUCACCGCUGCGACCCGUGGACCUGCAGGAGCACUGCGGCACCGGCCAGAUGCUGGUCAACAGGAAGUGCGUGAGCUGUAGCGUGGGCACCUUCUACGACGGCGAGCAGGCCCGCUGUCUUCUGUGCCCCGCUGGAACGUACCAGGACGAGGAGGGGCAGGUGUCGUGCGAACCGUGCCCAGGCCCCGACGGGAGGGUCACUCCUAGAACCGUGGGGGCGCGGAACGUCUCGCAGUGCGGCGGUCAGUGUUCCCCAGGCCAGUACUCCCGCGAUGGCUUCGUGCCGUGCGUCCCGUGCCCGCUGGGCACCUACCAGCCAGAGGUGGGGCGCACCUUCUGCUUCCCCUGCGGAGGAAGUCUCAUCACCAAGCACAGUGGAGCCACGUCCUUCCAGAACUGCGAAACCAAGGUCCAGUGCUCUCCAGGCCACUACUACAACACCAGCACCCAUCGCUGCAUCCGCUGCCCCAUGGGAACCUACCAGGGCGAGUUCGGCCAGAACUACUGCGUGUCCUGCCCGGGAAACACCACCACCGACUUCGACGGCUCCACGAGCAUCAUGCAGUGCAAAAACAGACAGUGUGGAGGAGUGUUGGGGAAUUACACCGGCUAUAUAGAGUCUCCCAACUACCCGGGGAACUACCCGGCCAACAUCGAGUGCAACUGGACCAUCACUCCUCCGCCCAAGCGCCGCAUCCUCAUCGUGGUGCCCGAGAUCUUCCUGCCCAUUGAGGACGAGUGUGGCGACUACCUGGUCAUGAGAAAAACACAUCUGCCCAACUCGGUGACGACGUACGAGACAUGUCAGACGUACGAGCGGCCGAUCGCCUUCACCUCCCGCUCCAAGAAGCUGUGGAUCCAGUUCAAGUCCAACGAAGGAAACAGUGGGAAGGGCUUCCAGGUUCCUUAUGUGACAUAUGAUGAGGAUUACCAGGAGCUGAUUGAAGACAUAGUCAGAGAUGGAAGGUUAUACGCAUCUGAGAAUCACCAAGAAAUUCUAAAGGACAAGAAACUUAUGAAGGCCCUGUUUGAUGUCCUUGCGCAUCCACAAAACUUCUUCAACUACACUGCCCAGGAGUCAAGGGAAAUGUUCCCCAAAUCCUUCAUCCGAUUUUUGCGCUCCAAGGUUCUGCGUUUUUUGCGGCCCUAAAAAAAAAAAAAGAAAACAGUGCUUAUCGCCCCUUGGUGGCACUGUCCUGAAACUGUGCUUCAUCAUUGGUGCAACCAAUUAUAGACUCAUAAGAAACUGUCCAACCUGAGAAUGUUUGGAACCACCAGAUGAGGCUGGGAAUGAGGAGAGAGUGACUCUUAAUCUUAAUCUCAUCUCUGCCAUCCAAAGAAAGGUGACAGUGGACGAUCUCAGCAAGGACACUGGGGCUCCUCCUCCCCAUGAUAAGACCAGAAGUGGACAGCAUAUAAAUGGACUAGUACUUGUCACAGCCAAAUGCUAGUAGGACCCUCAGUGCCUCUAGAGCAUCAGAAUGGACCCCAGUGACAUCACCCCCUUCUUUUUUUUACAUAAAGGAAAAGUGUGGACUGUGUUCAAGUAACUCUGGGUCUUUGAAAUGGUUGUUUGAAACUUUGAAUUGUCUGUUGAGUUGAGUGGUUGUGUUGUGUGGAAAGACCAGCAAAUUUACUUUUUUGUCCUUCCUGUCCCCCAACAGGACAUCCUAUAGUGUUCAAAGAUAUUUUGUUUGUCCAUCAAAGGGAAGAUACUCCUUUUACAUGUUUGUGCAUAAAGAGAAUAGCCUACUCCUUUUUACUGAUAGAAGAUGGGUGGGCCUGCAGUGUUGAGAUGCAUCAAGAUCACUGGUGCUUAUUGUGAGGAAAUAUAUAUAUAUGAAAUAUACUGUAUGUUAAAUGCAACCUUUUUAUAUAUCUGAUCACUACAAGGGAUAUAGUGACACAGUAAAAAAAAAAGCAAUUAUUCUUUUGAAUGUUUUGUAUAUUAUGUAUAAAAAUACUAGACUGCUCUCAUGAAUUGUAUUGUAGAUGCCUUCCUGUGAAGUAUGUAAUUUUGUUGAGUGAUGUAUGGAAACAUGUUUUGUAGCCUACAUCCACAUAGUAUAGGUCACAUUUUCAAUCAAUGUGUAUGCUGUUUUGCAUGAUUGAAUCACACCGCCACUGAAUGCCAGUACUUUGUUGUCAGAUUUGAUACACUUGCACAGCCAAUUAUAAGACCUUCUUCACAUACGCAAGAGAUCCCAUCAUGCAAGUUUGUCCUUGUACUCAACAAAUUAAAUGAACCAUGACUUUUGGGAAAAGAGUUUGGUAGAAUAGCAAUUUCCGGUCAUGUAUUAGAAAGUAAAUUAAUAUCUAUAUUUUUAUGUUUUAUACAUCUAACAUGUAAAUAAAUCAAGUAAUUAAAAUAAGUAUGCCUGUUCUGUUUUCCUGUGUAUAAGAAA